AUGGGAAGUCCAACAGGAGCGCGGAUCAGUCUCUUUGCCACGUUACUGACGUUCUGUGCCCUCGUCGUCGUUUUGAUGCCAGAAGCGACAUACGCAAGGCCACCCUCUUUUCUCAGCAGGCGAAGGCGGGUUUCAGAUCAGAGGCUCGCCGAAAUAGAAACGCUGAUGGGGUUGGAAAACGUGAGGGGAAAAGUAGUGACGGUACCGGUUGCAUUCGGCGUGUUGGAUCCAGAUAAAAUAGGUCGUAGACGAAGGUCCGCCACGAACAACAGACUCGAGACUCUGCAGCGUAUCAUGCAAAUUAUAGCAAACAAUCCUGAUAUGUUCGUCGAUAAAAAGAAGAUACUGCCCUUGCCACCGAAAUACGGAGAUCGAAAUUUAGAAUUCAAAAGAAAGUUAAUCCUCUAUAAACCAGAGUGA